AUGGCUUCUGCACUUCAGACUCCCGUCCCAGCCAUUGACGAAUACUACAACCUGGGAUCGUUUGGCCACACCAUUACCACCAGCAGCGCCGACGCCCAAACCUGGUUCAAUCGGGGAUUAACGUGGGUAUAUUCGUUCAAUCAUGUAGAAGGCGCCUACUGCUUUGAACAGGCUAUUGGGCACGACCCAGGAUGCCCAAUGGCAUACUGGGGGCUUGCAUACGCAGUCGGCCCGAACUACAACAAGCCCUGGGAGAAAUUCGAUCUGGGUGACCUGCAUCGAUCAGUGCAGCGGGGUUACGAAGCUUCGCAAGCUGCAAAGAGACUAGCAACCAACGUGACCCCCCUUGAGCAAGCGCUGAUCGAGGCGAUGCUGCAUCGGUUCCCGACUAACGAACCGGCAAGGGACUAUGCGGCUCUCAACAGGAGCUAUGCCAACGCCAUGAAGCUCGCAUAUGACGCCUUUGGGCACGAUCUGAAUGUUGCAGUCUUGUAUGCGGAUGCCUUGAUGAACAUGAACCCCUGGUCGCUAUGGGAUCUAUUCACCGGACUGCCAAAUCCCAACGCGCCGACCCUGGAGGUGAAAGCCGUCCUUGAGCGUGCGCUUUCGCAGGAAGGGGACGGCGCGAAUCAGAACCCCGGGCUUCUGCAUCUAUAUAUUCAUUUCAUUGAGAUGUCGCCCAGUCCUGAGCUGGGAAUCAACGCUGCCGAUCGUCUUCGUGACCUCGUGCCGGAUGCCGGGCAUAUCCACCAUAUGCCAACGCACUUGGACAUUCUUAUUGGCGAUUGGAGACGCUCUAUUGCGUCAAACUACAAGUCGACCCUUGCGGACGAUAAAUAUUUCCGGAGAUCCGGCGCCAAGAACUUCUAUACUUUCUACCGCAUGCACGACUACCAUUCCUUGGUAUACGCAGCCAUGUUCGCCGGUCAAUCCAAGGUUGCACUUGACGCUGUGACUCGCAUGGAAGCAACAGUGCCCGAAGAGGUUCUCCGGAUUGAGUCCCCACCGAUGGCUGACUGGCUGGAGCAGUUCAUGCCUAUCCGCCUUCAUGUGAUGGUGCGCUUCGGUAUGUGGGAGGAGCUCAAGCGCAAAGAGCUGCCACACGACCAGAUCCUCUAUGCUGGGACCACAGCGACCACGCACUACGCCCGCGGAAUCGCUUUCGCCGCCACAGGGGAUGUUGAAGCAGCCCGGAAAGAGCAAGAUCUCUUCCACAAGGCAUGGGCGCGCGUUCCUGAAACCCGCCGCGCCUACAACGGCAAGAUGGUUGACGUGCUCGGGGUUGCCGCAGCUAUGCUAGAGGGUGAGAUUGAAUACCGAGAGGCCAACUAUGAUCAGGCAUUUGAGUCGUUGCGUCGCGCAAUCGACCUCGAGGAUAAGCUGCCGUAUAGCGAGCCAUGGUCGUGGAUGCAGCCUGUACGUCACGCCUACGCGGCGCUGAUGAUGGAGCAGGGCAACCUGGAAGAGGCUGCGCAGGUCUAUCGGGCUGAUCUGGGUAUGGACACCUCUGUAAUCAGGCCGCGCAGGCACCCGAAUAAUGUCUGGUCGCUGCAAGGGUACCAUGAGUGCUUGGUGAGAAUGGGGAGACUGGAGGAGGCUGCUGUGAUUGAGCAGCCUACAAAACUAGCUCUUGCGGUUGCUGAUGUGCCGAUCAGGGCGUCGUGCUUUUGCCGUUUGGACACGUCACAGGCGCCAGAGGUUCUUGACAGCUGUGCUUCCAAGGGGAAGGAGAAGUGUUGCUGA